AUGCCAUACAUUCCCCCUUCGUCCGCACCCCCUUCCCCCACAGGAACUUCGCCUGCACCGUCUUUGCCUUCGGGAACGGCUACGGUCUCGUCUCCGGCCAGAGGGGCAGCUGGUCCUGCCCGCCGCCAUGGACGCCAUAACUCCGAGCCGGCCCUGAGCUUCCCGCGGCCGUCGAGCUCCUCUUACCUGCACAGACACAGGCGUAGCCCCACCAUGCGUACGCCGGUGGCCCGUCUGCAGCAGGUCGACGGCCAGCAGCAGCCUCAUCACGACGUCUGGACGGGAGGCAUGGGCAUGGUCCUGUCCCCGCCCGAGUCGAGGAACAACUCUGGGGACGAGGAGGAUGCGAAGAGACAGGACCACCACCACCAGCAGCAGCAGAUGAGGAUGCUUGGUGGUCUGACAGACGCAAUCUCAUCCAUUGACCAGAAGAAACAACAGCAGGAGGAGAAGAAGAGCAAGACAGAGGAAGGAUCCGGGAUCCUGCUCUAUUCGAUGCCGGAGCAGGCGACCCAGACUCCCGAUCAGAGUGACCAGGACGAGGAGGAGCUGGCCAAGAAGCCACCGAUGCUGCGGAAGAAGUCUGGUGAGCUGGUGAGGCCCGCCAUCAGGCUACGGCAGGGACGCCCGCUCAGCAUGCCCGGAACCCCCACUUUCUCCAAGGCAGUCCACUUUGGAGCCCAGCUGGAGGAGGUCCGUCACUUCAUGCAGCUCGACAGGCCCCUGGCCGUCAGUGCCGGCUCCUCGCCCGUCGAGGAGUACGACGGAGACACGGAGUUCCCCUUCAACACCUGCGGCGGCAGCACUUGUGCCGCUAAUGCCGCCGCCGCCGCCGCCGCCGCCGCCAAAGAUACCUGGGAAGCACGAGUGACCAACUUCCCUUCCAUGCUGGACGACACGCGUCUCAGCCGGCCUGUCCGUCUACGACGCAUCCAGCUCUGCCCGGACACCCGCGCCCUCCUCGGCACCAUAGCGGUGGCCAACCUCUCAUACUCAAAGUAUGUCACCGCCCGCUUCACCCUGGACAACUGGAAGACCGUCUCGGAGGUCACGGGUGAGUAUGUGGCCCAGGGCAGGCCCUGCAUCGACCGUGACGAGAGGGUAGGGUUCGAUACCUUUUCCUUCUCCAUCGAGCUGGCGGACCAGCUCAGACACGGCAUGGAGAACAAGACGCUCUUCCUCUGCCUGAAGUAUAACGUUGGCGGAAGGGAGUUCUGGGACAACAACGACGACAUGAACUAUCAGAUCGUCUUCUCCCGACGGCCCGCCGGUGCUGCCUCUGUUGCAGUGGGCGGGUGUGCCCGAGACCCGCUCUUCAGAGCUCGCAUGGCACGAGCGAAGAACUCCAAGUCUCGAUCCAGGCCGCUGUCGAUGGUUGCCAUGGGUAUGAACAUGAACAUGAACGUGGACAUGGGGAUCAAGGUAGCCGCCAAAGAGACCCAGUUCCAGAUCACCAGCUCUCAGCCGCACGAAGUCGAAGUAGACGUCGACUCGGAGAAGGAAGGCUGGUUCCCCGAGUCUGGUUCCCCUACGAGAAAGAACAAGAUACGCGCCAACGUGUUUGGCGACCGGUAUGACUUCUCUGCGUCCCUGACCACGGCGGCCAGCUCCCGCACCCAGGCCUUUGGGCACCAGCACAGCCAUAGCAUGCCCGAGCUGCGGACCGCUGAGAGCCAGGAGAGCAGCACCAGCGAGUCGGACGAGUCUCCCACCGGAAACGAGAAGAGACUCUCUGAUUUCCUUUCCGACAGACCAAACCAUGAGUCCCAGGUCUACAAGGAGCUAGUCGACAAAUACUGCUUCGUGAGUUUUCCCAUUCCCCCUUCAACUUCUUUCCCCAUGCAUCUAUUUACUAAUGAAGGCCACCAGUUCGGCUCUGCAAAGGGAAAACGCUGCUCCAGCAUGCCCUCCAAGGACGGGACAGAGCUAGACCCCGAAGCAGAGGGUGAGCCAGCCAGGCCACCAGCGACGUCUACCCCCACCUUGCACUCCAUGCACAUGAACAGGCACCUCCCCCGCCGCCUGUCACCUCCACCAACUAUAUCUGCCUCUGCCUCACCGUCAUCCACAUCCACAUCUACGUCUGAUACAGAGGGUGUGAAGACCCCGCCGCCUUCGACUUCGGGGAUCCUUCCCUUCCCCUUUACGCGAGAGAGAGGGAUGCCCGCCUCUCCUGCCCCAACGGCGAUAUUAGGAUGA